AUGACAGCCACGCCUCCAAACUCGCUUGCUGUGCCCACUACGCCAUCUCAUCCCGCUCACACACUGCUCACGCGUGCACACUCUCCAACUACCGCCUUGCGAGUCUUCACCGACAAAGUUCAGCAUAAGCCUCUCCACCUCCAACGCACCACAACCGACCAACGCGCUUUACGCCGGCGGAUCCGACAGCACAAACAGCGCUACCAUCUCUCCAAACAGAAACCCCAGCCCCUGAGCGCAAAGGAAAAGCGCAGCCUCGGUAUCUAUGAUCUUCGCAGGGAGGAUGUCAAGUACGAAGUCUACAAAGGUCUGAACAACCUCUGGAACGGGUACAUGCUCGAAGUGCUCAACUUCACGCGUGACGGCAAACUCGUGGACGGUUGGGAGACGCGCGAAGUCAGCGCGGCGCAGCAGGGGAGUUUGCUUGCGUCGGCGGAUUAUCAUGGGGCGGAGGUGGAGGUCGUGAGGUGUAAGGAUGUGGGUAAGGUUGGGUUCAAGGGAGUGGUGGUGAGGGACACGAAGUUUACGUUUGUGAUUGUGAUGGAGGGGGAUCGGGUGAGGACUGUGAUGAAGAGGGGCGCUGUCUUUAGGUAUGCUGUCACGGUGGGAGAGGGUUCGGAUCGUGGGGUGAGGAAAGUGGUAAUGGAGGUCAACGGCGAUGCGUUAGAGUACAGACCGGUGGAUCGGGCUGGGAGGAAGUUCAAGUGGCAUCCAUUCGAGGUGUGA